CGAGAUUGAUGGCAUGCAGUUUAUUAGGUCGAAGACACUUGCUUCAAACUGCUGUCAACAAUCGUUUCUCGUUUGGUCUUUCACAGCGUUGGAUAUCUUCUAGUAUCGGGAAUUUGCAUAUCACGAUGGAUGACGAAAAGAAACCCGUAGACUAUUCCGCUUGGAGCGCUCCGGAGCUUAUACAACGUGUCACGGAGCUCGAGAACAAGUUAAAGGAGCAGAACGCCAGAUAUACCUCAAAAUCAACCCAACAACCUAUUACUUCCGCCAAUCAACACCCCAUAGAAGUCAAAGAGCACCCUUCAGAACCACAAACCACCGAAGUCAAGCCUCUACCAAAGGUUUUUGACCCCUCCAAAUACAACACGCGCCUCAUUGCUCUCAAAUUUGCGUACUUGGGCCAGGCCUACAAUGGCUUCGAGCAUCACGCGAAUAACCCAACACCGUUACCCACAAUAGAGGAGGAGCUAUGGAAGGCACUGGUCAAAACCAAACUGAUAUUCCCGCCGGAAAGAGCGCCUCUAGAUAUACUGGAGGGAGCCCCCGGACGACCACGCAGGAAGCUCAGAGAAGAGGCGCAAGUCAAUUGGGAAGGCUGCGAGUACUCAAAAUGCGGCCGGACAGAUAGGGGCGUGAGCGCAUUCGGGCAGGUCAUAGGCAUACGCGUACGGAGCAACCAGCGAGCUCCACAGUUUCACGCUCAGGAAACCGCAAGUUCUUCCGCAGCAGGCACCGAAGCUACGCCAAAAGCCACGGAAAAAGUACAGUCACCAGAGCAAGCAAACGAAGAAGCUCCAUUCGACCCCAUCGCCGAUGAAUUCCCCUACGUGCAAGUCCUCAACCGCGUCCUUCCAAACGACAUCCGCGUUCUGGCAUGGUGCCCCAACCCACCGCCAGACUUCUCGGCGCGCUUCCAUUGCAAGGAGCGCCGCUACAAGUACUUCUUCACGAACCCGUGCUUUGCGCCCGUCCCUGGCGCCGCGGGCUCGUACCUCACACCCUCAAACCCCAACGCGCCCGCAUCUCGGGAGGGGUGGUUAGACAUCGACGCGAUGCGUGAAGCGUGCAAGCGCCUUGUCGGCCUACACGACUUCCGGAAUUUUUGCAAGCAAGAUCCGAGCAAGCAGCUCACGGAUUUCCGAAGGCGGAUCUUUCAUGCUGAUAUAGAGGAGGUGGCGAAGGUAGACCAGCCUGGGUUUCUGGCGCAUCCGGCGCUGCUGCCGCCUUCGUCAUCCUCAGGAGCAGGCCCGGAACCGAAGCUCUACGCGUUCGUGGUGCACGGGUCGGCGUUUUUGUGGCACCAGGUACGCUCGCUAGUUGCGAUUAUAUUCCUCGUUGGCCAGGGGUUCGAGAGCCCGGAAAUUGUCAGCCAGCUGCUAGACGUAGCUGCUAAUCCGUGCAAACCGAAGUAUCUGAUGGCGGAUGAUGCGCCGCUGGUGCUGUGGGAUUGUGUCUUUCCUAAAGCGGAGGACGCGGAGGACUCGAAUGUUAGGGAGAAAGGGUAUGAGGACUCGCUGAAUUGGAUCUACGUCGGUGAGAAGGGCGAGAUGGAAGAAAGAAGCGAGAAGAAAAGGACGCCGGCAAAGGGGAAAUGGGGACGAGGCGGCAUUAUGGAUGAUAUAUGGGAGGUGUGGCAUAAGCGGAAAAUCGAUGAGGUGCUGGCUGGGCAGUUGCUGGAGAUUGUGGCUUUGCAGGGGAAUCCGACACUCGGUAUUCAGCAAGGGCUUGAGGAUGCGGGGGUAGGGAUAAAGGCACAUCGGACGCCGAGUGCGAGGGUAUUUGAUGGCGGUGAUGUGCCUAGGUUGAAGGGGAGUUAUUUGCCGGUGCUGGAGUUGGAGAAGAUGGAUGCGGUGGAAGUGAUCAAUGCCAAGUAUGCGAAGAAGAAGGGAUGGGAUCCUGCGAAGCCGGCGGUGAGGAAUCUAGAUGCGGACGAGUGAGGUCAUCGUAGAUAUUAUAGUUGGGCAGCUGUCGCUUUCUAUCUUCCAAGACUAUGAGAUUUUACCCAGUUCCCCUUGCCAAAGGGAUGGUAAUCAACGUCCGCAGCCCAUUGAGCCUCAUAGAGACUCUCAUCCAUCUGAGAAGCGUCCAUGCCAGCAACAACAUCCCUAUGAAGCAGAAGAUUAGCAAGAGCAAUUUCCAUGGCAUACGACUAACUUACUCGUCUGGAGCCAACACCUCAAGUCCUGGCACGCAGUCUAUCAGAGCAAUGAUGAUAUACGACCCAACAAACGACCAGGUGA